AUGGAGGAGGUAGAAAAAAGUUAUCCUCAAUAUGACGACCUUAAUUAUGAUGACCUAACGACUGCUUUUAGUAGGUUAGAUACAAGGGUGAAGGGAGAGGCUAUGUAUGGUGAUGACCCUAUAGUAUUAACUGAUCUUAAAAGUGAACUGGACUAUGUAAAGCGUCUCAUGAGGUCACGAGAAAUAGUUUCUAGCCUUAGGGAUAACAUUAUGGAAAUUAACAGAAUUAAAGAGCAGGAAACAACUUUCACUGAAGGAAAUGAUGGUACAGUGGACAUUCAAGGUCCAUCAGGAAGCACAACUGUCCCGGAAGUCAACUUUGUGGAAGACCCAAACAAUGUACUUCCUGAUGUGCUAGAUGCAUUCAACGAAUCAUUUGACGCUGACUGGGAUGAAAUAGAAGCCCGCCUAGAGAAACUGAAAAAGUUCUCAGAAGACCGACUUACAGCAAAUAAAAAGAGAGAUUUCGAAAACCAAGUAGAGCGCGUUCAAGCUGUCGCAAGAGUUAUCAAGAAUAAGGAGGGACUAGUACUAGACCCGAAAAAUAGAUACGUUAGAGAACUCAUCAAACGAUCAUCUGUAAGAACACUCAAGGAUGGCAUAGAGGUGUUGAUAUUUAGAAGUGAACAGGGUAUUGAUAAAAGUGGGACACAAAUAAUGAAACGUGGUAAGACCAGUAAACCUGUGUACUCAAAGGACUCACCUGCUCUGAGAGAAUAUAAGGAACUUAUAAAGAAAAUAAAAGAGGUACCUACGAAUCCUGACGAUAUAAUUGGAAGUGAUGAAUCAAUUUACGAGGAUAAUAAAGAAGAGCCGCAAUUUGAUGAAAGUAGUGAGGAAUACGCUGACCGUGAGAACAUUGAGUUAAUAGAUAUAAGCGCAAAACUAGGAGAUCUUCCAGGGCUAACAAUGCAAGAAAAUAAUGAACUGAGAGGGGUACUUAACCCACCUGAUGGAUCAAGCAUAGAAAGCAGAACAGGUCCCAAUGGAGCGUUGCAAAUCCAAGCUGACUACUUUAAUGAAGCUAUUGGUAAAACAACGGAACUGGCCACUAAAGCUGAGGGUGCAACUGAGUAUAAUUCCCUUAUAGAAAGAAUUGAUAGUCUAAAGGAAGCUAGAGAUCGAACCCUAGAACAGAGAACAAUAGAGGAAGCAAGAGAGGCACAACUGAAGGACAUUUCUAGAUUACGUAGAUUUAUAGACUGGGUAGGAAAGGAAAAAGUGGGACUUGUAGGGAUAGCAGUGUCAACAGCAAGUUUAAUUACAGCCUUAUUGAUCCAUGCUAGGGGAGCCCUUGUGAGAACAGGAAAGACCACUGGUAAGGUAGCAAAAGCACUAGCAAAUUUAGCAAAGAAAGUAGGACCAAUUCUUCUUCCAAUCCUGAAUGCAAUUGGAACUGCGCUGUCAUGGGGAGCAAAAGGAGUUGCCUGGCUAGCGUCAAACUUAUGGGUACUAGUUGUAGCUGCCUUUUUGAUUAUAUACAAUUAUUAUACUAAGUAA